AUGAAGUGCUUCAGUGCUCCAGGAAAGGCGUUGCUCGCGGGUGGGUACUUGGUGCUUGACCCCAAGUACAAGGCAUAUGUCGUGGCGCUUUCUACCAGGAUGCACUCGGUGACCGAAGGGGAACCAGUGGCAGCGGCACCAAAUACGUCAAGAAUCAUCGUUGAUAGCCCGCAAUUCUUGGGUGGCACUUGGUCGUACGAUUUCCCGGUGCCAUUUGUAGGCACGUUGCAAGAUACUUCUGCUUCGAGGAACCCGUUCUUAUUGUCUACUAUCGAAACGAUUUUGGGGUAUGUGGAGCCGGAAUCCCAUGCCACCAUCAAGAUCACCAUCUUUAGUGAUCCAGGGUACCACUCGCAAAACGAUGCCAUGGUGAAGGAAUCUAACGGGAAACGGUUCUUGUAUCACAAAGAUACGAUUUCCAACGUGCCAAAGACCGGGCUCGGGUCCAGUGCAGGGUUGGUCACCGUGUUGACCUCGGGGUUGUUGUCUUAUUACAAACCGGAAUUGGACCUUUUUUCAGAAAUUGGGUUACGGACGGUUCAUAAUUUGGCCCAGAUCAGCCAUUGUGCUGCUCAAGGGAAAGUGGGGUCGGGAUUUGACGUUGCUGCUGCCACUUACGGAUCGAUCAUUUAUCAAAGAUUCGAUCCAGAAAUCAUCAAUGGGUUGAUCAAAUACAAGGAAGAAGUAUUUUCGUCGUCGCCAACAGAAUACUCGAAGAAAUUGCAAUCGGUGGUGAAUUGUAAAUGGGAAAUGAUCAUUCAAAAGUGUGACUUGCCACCGCAAGUGAGAAUCUUAAUGGGCGAUGUGAAUAACGGUUCGGAAACCCCGAAAUUGGUAUCAAAAGUGUUGAAAUGGCGUAAAGAAAACCCUGAGGAGGCGGGAAAUCUUUAUCAUGAUUUGAAUUUCUACAAUAUGAAAUUGGUAUCGGAAUUGCUUACGUUGACCCAGAUUUCCAUCGAGAAUCCCGAGCGUUACGAAGCGGAUUUGAUUUCGUUUGUCGAUGAUUACAGUUUGAUCCAAUUGAAGCACUUGAUCAAGAUGUCAGGAUCGAGUUCCAACUUCCCCGACUCUUUGAAACCGUUAUUGGAUAUAAUUGAAUCAGUCUCUUCCAUAAGAGGCGGUUUACAAAGCCUUACCAAGAAAACCGGGGCGGAUAUUGAACCUAUGGAACAAACUAUUUUACUCGAUAACUGUUUUGCAUUGCCGGGGGUACUUGGUGGAGUGGUUCCAGGGGCUGGUGGUUACGACGCUAUUUGUUUAUUGUGUUCAGAAAAGGCGAUUCCCAAGAUUUUGAAGUUGACCGCGGCCAAGGAUGCUGAAGAGUUGAAUCAUAUCAAGCAUGAAUUGGAAAGCAGUUCCAUCCAUAGACAGCAAGAAUUUUCCAAUGUUGAUCUUGACUGCUUUGAUCCAAGUUUGUUCAAAUCGGUGACGUGGUUGGAUUUGCACGAAGAGAACACGGGGUUGGUGAAGGAAGAUCCUCUCCAUUAUGUUGAAUUGCUCAAUUGA